UGGUCGGGCAGCCUCCGCACCAGCACGCAGCGGGUCCUCGCACUGUAUAAGAGCGUGAAGCGGAAGGCCCGCCCCCUCUUUCGCGUGCGGCUCGCGGCGGCAGCGGGCAGGAAGCCGGGCGGGAGCGGCACCCACCGAGAGGGCCAUGGCCGAGGAAGGCAUUAGUGCUGGAGGUGUAAUGGAUGUUAACACCGCCCUCCAAGAAGUGCUGAAGACCGCACUUAUCCAUGAUGGCCUUGCUCGUGGUAUUCGUGAAGCAGCCAAAGCCUUGGACAAGCGCCAAGCCCAUCUUUGUGUCCUGGCUUCAAACUGCGAUGAGCCCAUGUAUGUAAAGCUAGUCGAAGCGCUUUGCGCAGAACACCAGAUUAACCUGAUCAAGGUGGAUGACAACAAAAAGCUGGGUGAAUGGGUCGGACUCUGCAAGAUCGACAGAGAAGGGAAACCUCGCAAAGUAGUGGGCUGCAGUUGUGUGGUUGUCAAAGAUUAUGGCAAGGAAUCUCAGGCCAAAGACGUCAUCGAAGAAUACUUCAAAUGCAAGAAAUGAAAAAUAAAUGUUGAGCCUGAUGA